AUGUCCUCAAUAGUCCGCCCCCCAGACCCCUGCCUGAUAGCAAUAAUCCUAAUCGUGCGCUCCCGCGCCGGCCCACGCUUCGUCUUCCACUAUCCUCCCAACCCCCUCAGCGAGAACGGCCUCCGACCACCCGCCAGCAAAACCCGCCGCGCAUCUCGCUCGAAAAGCGCCCAAGGGAAUAAAAGCAAUGACUCGAGUUCCAGCGACGAAACUGGCUCAACGUCUGAUGACGAGGAGGAGGAGAAUCAGAGCCAUCUGGCGGGGAGUGGGAUGUCGACGACAAGACGGAUGAGUAAUUUCGGGGUCGAGGACCGGCAUCACCAUUCUCAUCCGCUGUCUGCGUCGCCGAUGACUAGUACUAGUGCUGGGGGCGGCACUGGUGGUGGUGGUUCUGGGCCAGGGGAGGCGUCGCAGUCGCAGCGGCCGGGCUCGUUGGGGUCGGGUCGGGCGUUGUUUCGCAAGCGCGGGCCCAAUUCUGAUGCUGAGGAUGAUACGGGUGCAGGUUCGGAGAGGCAGGAGGAUUCAUCGCCUACAAACGGGCCGUUUAUACCCCCGUGGGAAACUUUGCUGGGGCUACCGGCUGAUGUAUGGGAGAAGCUGUUGAGCCCGUCGCGGAGCUGGCAUAAGCGGCGAUUCGAGGUUGGGAUAAACGACCUUGCGUUUGUCGGGUGGCCUGUGUUUGUGCGCGAGGACGGAACAUGGCGGAAACAGCGACGGAAGAAGAAGAGCAAGCGCCGGUCUGAGGCGUAUGCGAAGGAAGGAGAGAGCCAUGACGAGAGUGCUGACGAUCGCGCUGGUCGGGAGGAGGGCAUUGAGGCGAUGGCGGAUUCUACGGAUACGUUGAUCAGUCCCAAGGCUAUUGGUUCGCCGGAGCUGAAGCGGACGUCUAGGACGAGUAGUAAGGCGGCGAGGAAUUCUGGGGGAGUCGUGGAUGGGGAUGAUAAGGAUUCCAUGACCAUGUUUAACGUGGUGUUUGUGCUUGAUCCUCCGUUGCUGGAGUAUUCGAUCCGGUUGCGGGAGGUAUAUGACAAUAUCAUCAAGAAAUUCGCCAAAGCUUUGAAAUGGGAGCAAGCGCGUACGGACUAUGUUUGGAAAGAGGCGCAGAACAUUUCGCACUUCAAGGAGAAGGCUAAGGAGAAGAGAUCCUCUGUCACUAAUCUCUACUCUGAGCUCAUAUCACACUCAUCGCUCGCCCGAGCCAUCUACACGCUUUAUACUAGCAUUUCUGCCUCUAAAAUUGCUUCUCUCUCCCUCAGUCCUGACGUCUCGAUAUCACUUCAGAUACCCCCCCUCACUUCGACGCAUUACCUACCAGGCCCAACCGACAAGGCGUAUCCAGGACUGUGGCUUACAACUGCAGAUAGCGUGACACCGGUAGAUGACCCGACGGCUGAUGAGAACACUGCGCCGCAUCAAGUACUUGCGAAGCAUUUCGCUCUGCUGUUGCUCGAUAACGAGGCAUCGAUAAUAAAAGAUGUCGAAGCAUCUGCGAGCGCACUUGCUCCCGCCCUAGUCCACUAUAUUCGAUGCUCUAAACCCACUCAGUCUUUUGCGCAAAUCUCGACUGCCUCAGGAAUCCCACUUUCGACCAUCCAAAUGCUAGCGAGCCAUCUUGUCUACUGGCGACGUGCACGCGCCAUACCUCCGCUUCAUCAUAGAGAUACAUAUAUCGUCUCCCCGAACUGCGAUAUGAGCAAGCUUGACGUCGCUACUGCUGCUUUCCAUCAGGCAUUCCCAACAUGCCCGAGUUUGCCAAAGAUGCUGUCAGCUCUGAGUGGCACGCCCAGACCUUAUGGGAGCUUUAUCCCAAGUAAGGACCACAAGGAUACGUAUUUCAAUAUCCUGGCUUGGUUAUUACGUGGAGGGUGGGUCACGCAACUUCGUACGUUUGGCAGAAUCAAGGUAUCCUCAGAGAUCAAAAUGGCAGUGGAGCGGGCCGUCCGAAAAGAGCAAAUGGAUAAGUUCUUGGCUGAAACUGGGCCAAAUUCGGUGCCUGAAAUUCCUACUGAAAAUGAACGCGAUGAGCAUGUCGACAACGAUUCCAGUUCCUCUUCAUCAUCUUCCCUCGGUAGCCAAGGGAGCGGGGACGAGACACCCAUGCCUGGUCAGUAUCACGACCCGAUGGCUGACAAAAUGCAUCUCUCACACUCGCUCAUGGACCACAACAUGCCUUUAAGAACGGCGUCUCUUAUCCUUUCGCCCCAUCGCGCAUCUCCGCUGGAAUCGCGAUGGCUGGAAGAGCUUGUCUCCCAGUUCCCGGAUGACGGGGAGCAGAGUGUGGACGCUUCUCACAAUAGCAGGGAGCACGCAGGAUCUCAGAUCUCACUGCGAAAGGCAUGGCCGACGUUCAUCAAAUACUUCAACGGAUACGAUGCACUUGAAAAGAUCCCGGUACGGGAAGGGCUGAAGCGCAAGCCGACCUGGCAGGUGCUCACACGGUUGGGACUGGCGGCAGGGCAAUCGCAUGUGGAAUUAGAUCCACGAGAGCAGGUGCUUGUCGCUGUACGGCAUUGGUAG